CAUAGAGUUAGCGAUUUUCUUGAUAGGAUCAGUUCGAGAAGCAAAUUUUUAUAUGAACUUUAUAUUGAUUCAGACGGAGCACGUAAAACUGAAAUAGAUGCCUUAUCUGGAACUUCAGAAUUUAGCGAAUUCUAUGGUCGUCUAAAAGCAAUAAAAGAUUACCAUCGUCGAUAUCCUAAUGAAACAGUUGAACCUUUAGAACUAGAAUUUAUCAAUCAAACAAAAUCAAACGGAGAAGAAGAUGAUCUUGAUAAACUUUUUUCGGGAGAAGAAGGAUCUGGUCGAUUUUUAGACUUACACGCCCUCCAUGAACAAUAUGUAAAUUUAAAAACAUAUUUGGAAAAAUUGCGUAGUUAUUUAGAAAGCUUUUUCAAAAGGGUGAAACCACUUUCUAACUUAGAAGAUAUUAAAGAAACGACUCAAAAAAGUUUUCAUCAACAAUGGGAAAGUGGAAAAUUCCCAGGCUGGGAAAGACAGAUCGGUUCAGACGAAGACAAUGACUUGUUUUGUGCAGCUUGCCGUAAGGGCUAUACGAAACAAACCGUAUUCGAUGCACAUUUAAAGAGUAAAAAACAUAUAAAAGCUGCUAGUGCAAUGGUAGAACAAGGAAUCACUUCUGUAGACCGAGAAACACAAGAGAAAUUACUUAAAGAAGCGGCAAAAGAUAGAGAUAAACGGGAAAAUGAAAUCGCAUUUACAGAGGCGUUGAUACGCAAAUAUGCGGAAAUAUUGAGUAUGCAGCGAGAAGACACUAAAGCAAAUGUAGAAAGGAAACGGGCCUUAACUGGCAGAGAGCGUAGA